AUGGCGAACAUUGGUAGUCUGUACGGCGAGCUAACAGGCACCGUUCCGCUGGCUUCUCAACCAUCUAUCAACGCGCACUACUCCAACGUCCGCACGCGUGCUCUCAACAACAUCCUAUUUUGGAGCGUCCACUUGACCACAGUAGCCGUUAUGCAACCCAUUCUGGAUAGUAGGCGUUUGAGCCGUCGGGCUAGAGGCAUUUACGUGUGUAUCUUCCUUACCUGCCUCGUGGUUGGCGUCUGGGUUGGAGAGCUCGUAUGGCUUCGGGCCCAUCAGGCGCCUCGUGACUGGACAGAUGCCGAGUUCGCGUCCUUCAUUGCCAUUUAUCUCUUUCAAGGCAUGCUGUAUCAGCUAUACUGGAUCUUCAUUCAGCGGGUAGUUGGCGCGUUGUCGAACUCACCUCACCUGUUGGCCAGAUGUUGUGCUAUGUGUAUUCUGGUUUGCAUCUGCGGCUUUCAGAUCACUGCUAUGAACUACGGAAAGGAAGGUCAUGUCAUUAUUCCUUCUUCCGAGGACGCAAUUACUGUCGCUGCGUCGGAAGACGACACUGUUAACCCUUCUUUGAAGGGGACUGUCACUUCGAAGCAAUAA